AAAAAAAAAAAAAUGAAACAAUUUGGAGAUUUUGGUUUAGACAGCACGAAUAGUGGAUACAAACAACAGAUCAUCAUCAUCACUGUCCAAAGCAUCAAAAGCGAUGAAACUAGGUCGCAUCAUCAUCCCUCGUCACAUUUAUAUACUUCCAUCCUUCUCUCUACCCACUUCCUCUUCUAUUCGAUCCUUUCAACCAUCCCCCAACCAUCUCAAUCUCAAUCUCUCCUUCCCAGUAAGAAAACGCGCAACGAUUCGCAGUAUGAGCGACUCAAUCGAAACCGGAGUGCCUCAAAGGAGGAGCCUUUACCCUCCAAUCGAGCCAUACAACAACGGGAUUCUGAAGGUUUCAGAUACUCACACACUCUACUGGGAGCAAUCAGGAAACCCAGAUGGCCACCCAGUUGUUUUUCUCCACGGAGGUCCAGGAGGAGGAACGUCUCCUAACAACAGGAGAUUCUUUGAUCCUGAGUUUUAUAGGAUUGUUCUCUUUGACCAGAGAGGUGCAGGGAAGAGUACACCACAUGCUUGUUUGGAGGAGAACACCACUUGGGACCUUGUCAAUGAUAUUGAAAAACUAAGGGAGCAUUUGCAAAUUCCUGAAUGGCAGGUUUUUGGUGGAUCUUGGGGAAGCACUUUAGCACUUACUUACAGCCAGUCCCACCCUGAUAAGGUUACUGGUUUGGUCCUUAGAGGGAUCUUUCUGAUUCGGAAGAAGGAGAUUGAUUGGUUUUACGAGGGUGGUGCUGCUGCUAUAUAUCCUGAUGCAUGGGAGGAGUUCAGAGAUCUUAUUCCAGAAAACGAGAGAGGUAGCCUAGUGGAUGCAUAUCACAAAAGACUCAACUCCGAUGAUCUGGAAACUCAAUAUGCAGCUGCGAGAGCUUGGACUAAAUGGGAAAUGGUGACUGCUCAUCUUCUUCCAAAUGAUGGGAACAUUCAAAAGGCAGAAGAUGAUAAGUUUUCAUUGGCAUUUGCAAGGAUUGAAAACCACUAUUUUGUUAACAAGGCUUUCUUUACCUCGGACUCACACUUGCUGGAUAAUAUUGAUAAAAUAAGACAUAUCAAAACCACCAUUGUUCAGGGAAGGUAUGACGUAGUUUGUCCUAUGAUGUCUGCUUGGGAUCUGCACAAAGCAUGGCCAGAGGCAGACCUCAAGAUUGUUGGUGAUGCUGGACACUCGGCAAAUGAGCCUGGAAUCGCAGCAGAACUGGUGGUUGCAAAUGAAAAGAUGAAAGCUUUUGUGGGAUGAAAAUACUCUAUGGACUGCGUUCAUAUCUUAGGGACUUGUGUUCACGCUGUGUUAGGGAUAUGGACAAAUUACGACCCUAAACAAAUUAUUUAGCUUUUCAGCAUGUCUCUAUUUGUCUUUUACAUCGGUAUUAACAUCUUUAUCUCUAAGGCAUGUUAGAUUUCUCCUGCA